AUGGCUUUCGCUUCUGCGACUUGCUUUUCUUCCCAACUGCAAGUGCUUCUUCCCCGCGACCCCUCAAAGAGUUCCCCAUUCGUAUUUCCUUCUUAUAAUACUCGUCGUUUCACAAUUACGUUCAGACCUCUCAGUCUGACACUCAGAGCACGCAGACCCUCAUGCGUUCUAUCAGCGGCGGCGAAGAGUAAUUCGGGUUCGAAUUCUAGUGUUAACAAAACCAGUAAAGAAGAAGAAGAAGCAGUUGAAGAGGUGGAAGAGGAUCUGCCAUGGAUUCAGGAGAAAGCCUUGGACCUCGUGGAGUUCACGGGCUCCGUAUCCCAGGCCAUUCCUGGACCCAGAGUGGGCACCAGCUCUCUCCCUUGGAUUCUGGCUCUUCCUCUGGCCUAUGCCGGUCUCACUUUCGUCGUUGCCUUUGUCAAGACCGUUAAAAAGUUUUCUUCCCCUCGACAAAAACGCAAGAGACUGGUCAAUAAAAAUGCUAUGCUAUGUAAAUCAAUAGACGACUUGUUUCAAAGUGGCGCAGAUCAACCCAAACCUGAUGCUUUGAACCAACUUGUGCAGAAGACUGGUUUUGGCAUGGAGGAUAUUUUGCGAAAGUACAUUCGCUAUACUUUGAAUGAAAAACCGUUCAACCCAGACGUGGUUUCCAACUUAAUUCAGCUCAGAAAAGCUUCCAUGUUCGAUGACUCUCAGGUUGCUGAAAUUCUAAAUGAAAUUUCAAGAAGAAUUGUACGAGAUAAAGGCCCAGUUGUAAUGGAUAUUUCAGGCUACACUGAAAGGGGUUUCAAGAGAAAACUAGCUGUUCAAGCCCUUUUUGGAAAGGUUUUCUAUCUGUCAGAGCUGCCAGAGUUCUGUUCGAGGGAUAGCUCCUUAAUUGUCAAAGAAAUAUUUGGUGUUACUGAUGAAGAUGCAGACAAAUUACGGAUACAUGCGAUCUCUGAAGCUGGCGAUAUGGAUUCCUUGGAAAAGAUGGUUGAUGCUUCAGAUUCAGAUGAAUCUGGCUAG